GUGUCGAGGACUGACCCCAGAAUUCAAGAAUGGCUCAGUGUCAGUUUAACCGGUAUUGUAUGGUGUUAUAACGUUUCAUCUUCGUCUUUAUUGUCCCAUUAUUGACGGCAAAAGUCGAGCAAGACUUCCUGUGCGCACAUUUUACAGCCAAUAAGUAACCGUUACUGGUGGCAUCGUUUGAAUUUGAAAUUCCGUCAGUAAAUUUUCGUGGGACAGAGGCGCACACGUCGAAAAUUAUGCAAAAAAUGAAGGAAUGAGCGGCGUUUUAGUUUUUUGAAUUUGUGUGUUUUCCAUCAUUGUUCGGUUUGCUUUGGACACUCAGCUAAUAUGAAAGUCAGCAAUGGGAUUACGUUGAUGGUCACAACGAUACUUUGCUUCAUAUCAGAAGUUAUAUCGAAAAUUCCAACUCAAUGCCGUGGUGGCAGUGAUCUCAAAUAUUUAUGGGGGGAUGCCCUCUCAGAUAGUCCAGAUUGUUUAGGACCAAACGAUAUGCAAUACCCCACUGCAGCCAUAGAAAGAUCCCUCAAAACCAACCCUUGGGGUGGAAAUCACCGUACAGGAAGAUCUCAGAAAACGACAAUAGAUCCUUUCGUAACAAGGAAAGCCCUCUUGAGGGCUCAUGAACUCAGCAGCGUAGGUGAAGAAGCACUCAUUUCAAGGAGAGGAAGGGCUUCAUAUCCAUCUUCGUCUAGCUCUUGCGCUGGCACACCUUCUCGGCUCUGCAAGACAAGGUACAACACAACAGCUCCCAUGUAUGGUGUUUCUCUCACUUCAGGACAACCUGUUACGAUCGUACAAAAGUUUCCAGAUCUCCUUCAACAAGUAGUUUUCGAGGUUUGUGAGAGCAACGAAUGCGAUGUGGUUAGGGGUGAAUGCACCCAAACUUACGUCCCUUAUCUAUUUCUGGUGAUACCACUGGGACCGGUCACGCUUACAGGUCAGGACUACGUGUUGGUGGAAAGUGGAUGCGUGUGCAGGCCGAAAUAUGCUACGCAAACAGUUCAAGAUUCCAAUCCCCUGCCUGCCAUUCCAGUUCUAUAAGAAAUGUACAAAGAAUAUUGACUAGAGAGAGAAAUUUUGAUCGUACGAUUAAAGUGAGAUUGUUUUAUUGUGGAAGUAUAUGUAUUUUUAGCUAUAGGAUGCUUCUCAGCUAUUGAAAAUAUCGGAUAAGAUUAAAAGAAAGAUCUUCAAUGGAAAAUUAGUUUUUUCAUUCGAUUAAAAUAUUAUUUAUUUUAGAUAUGUAGUGUAUUAUAUAUUUAUAUUUAUUUUUUAACUGAAUGAGAUGGAAACUUGACUUAUAAUUAGAAAUUGUGAUUCGUUUUGAUUAAAAUUUUUAU